AUGACCAGCAAACGAUUGGCUUUGAAGACACAGAUGAGCAGGGAUACACUCAAGACCAUCUUCAGUGUUGGCAGUCUCGAGACACGGAGCAGCAGUGACCUUUUUUCCAAGGCGAAGGAUAGCAUGCCAAGCGACUCGCCCGUCACAUCAAAUCGCCGGAAUACAUUCCAAGGCCCGUCCUCGCUCGUUUCUGCGGCGGCUGCUGCCGUCAAUCCUCUGAAAGCCGUCACUAAACGCAAAUCCCGCCUUACCAUGACAGUGGACUUUACCGACGAGUUCGAAGAAGCUCUUCAUGCCGAGGAAGCUCAGGAGCACCGAGACCGCUCUUCCAACACGGCCACCCCCGAACCAUUGCAAGAAAGCAAAGUUAAAACAAGCCGGCGAUCUUGGCUUCGCUGGAGCAGAGAAGGGGACCGACGGACGCCUAGUCCGGGAAAACCCUCGGAUGACGAUGCUUCCGACCAGGCCGCUGAUCAAGAACAAGGAACGAAUACAACCGAUGAGUCUGCUUUUGGAGCAGGUCGCCUCCGCCGCACAGAGUCUCGAUCGUCGUCGAUCAUUAGCAGGACCAUGAGCCUUACUUCGCAGCUCGAGCGUUCUCUCAGCUUAAAGAUCACGUUCCCCAAAAUCUCGAUGUCGCGCCCUUCGACGUCCGACCGUCCGGCUAUACCGAUUUCUGCAUUUUCUACUGCGUUCAAUAACAGCCAGGCGCUGUCUCCGAGUCUUCCAAGCCCGCUAUUUGCAGGAGUCAUGGAACAGCAACGGCGGGCUAUGCCACCAGAUACCUUUGCAGCCGCUUCGCCACCCUCUGCAUCACCAAGUGAAGCAGGAUGUCGCCGCCCGUCGCGCCAGAGCAGCCAAGACAGCCUUUACAACUCGGCGUCCGCCCAGUAUUACCGGGUGGCCAACCUCGCGUCUGCUACGGACUACAAUGAUACCAGCCACAUUACCGGUACCAUUGUUGCAUCGCCACCGCCGCUCGAUUCGCCAUCGCACUCAAACUAUCCCAACCUAGAGGCCCAAUUCGGCCAAGACUAUGGUAAUGGUGUGGAUCGCCACCGCCGUGGUUCUCUAGACAGCCUACCUCACGCACAUCGGUCCGUUUCUCUUUCCGGAAACGACACGCACAUGGCGUUUGUGGCAGCCGGAGGGGGCAUGUUCAAUCGGCACAGACGGAGUGACAGCCAGGACAGUGAGCCGCGUGUCGUCCGACAUCGCGCAAGCUUCAACGGCUAUAGCCUUGGCCCCAGCCAGUCCUGGAAUGGGGACAAUUACUCAAUAUCUCAAUCAAACCGGCCUAGGCGGAACCCUCCGCAGAUGUCAAACGGCUACACAGGCCAAGUGAUGGACCCAUUUGGUGGCGGCCAUCGGCGGAGCGGCAGCGCAAGCAGCGGACCUAUCGAUUUCUACAAGAUUCAACAGCAGCAAGCCUGGGACUAUUACUACCAGCAGUACGCACGGCCUCCUCCUAAUGUCGUACGAGGCUCGCAUCAUCGCAACAGGAGCAUGGGCUCUCGCCACGGCCCAGUUUCCGGUCCUCAAGCACCCUAUCGAAUUCUCCACAGCUACAACUCGCCAGCAUACCGUGGUGUGCCCAUUUGGGGAUAA